AUGAACGAUGAUCCAUUGGCGAUAUCGAAGCCUGUCGACUCUGGUGAGGUUGUGACACAAACAGACCAGGCUGAGCAAUCCCACAAUGUAGCAGCGGCUCCAGCGGUUUUGGACCCUCGAGAUAACGCACCGUCUCCUGUUAUUGCACAUAUCAAUGGAACGCCUAUCAACCGCAGCAAUGGAAAUUCGGCAAUGGACAAGAGCGAUUCCGAAGCAGAGACGGUGGUUUUGUCUGGAAAAGAGGAGGGUGAGGAACAAAUGACGAGGAAGGCUAUCAAGCUGGAAGAGGCCAGCGUAGCAGAUCCUGUAGCCAAUGGGCCAUCGGACAACCUCCCAACAAUACGAGAAGACCAGCGUGAAGGACGUAGAGAAAACAAUGGCCGUAAGCCAUCGUUGAAACGGAAAAGAACGAUACCAACAAAUGGGAGUGGUGAUAUUCCAGAUACCGGAAAUUCGAGCAACCUCAGCUCUACCAUUUCAUCACCAGUUCAAGCAGUCCAUUCCUCUAAGGCAACUGAAAGUGCGUCCGAUCGAUCGCGAUCAUCUCCUCCGUUUGAAGAGGUCGCUCCACAGCUGGAAGAACGGGCUAAGAAACAAAGGAGUGGAAGUGACAGCGGCCACAGUCGUCACCAAGCAGGGAAGAGUGAUCGAGAAGCUGGACUGGCCAAUUCACGAAAGCGACGCGAAACUCGAAGUGCAACACAUUAUGACGGACCCGCUCAUCGAUCUGAAUCCCCACCUGCACGUAACAACCACAGGGCACAAUCUAUACAAUCAACAAUCUCUCAACCCAACGGCGUGACCAAGCGAAGAAAAGUCCCAGCGCCUUUACACGUGGAGCGUCGAAGAAAGGCCUCUGAAGAUACUCACCCUGAUUCUGAUGAUAGCAGCUCCGUUCACAGUCGUCAUCACCUGCAGAAGAUCACUUCCGCCGACGGCCAUGCCAUGUCACUAGCUAAGAUGCCAAUAUCAAGUAAGAAGAACCGGGACCGGAGUGGGCGGACAUUACUUGCCAGGGCCUGUGCCCAGGAUGCUUGUGAAGCAGAGAAAUGGUUGAAGGAAAGACCGCAGGAUAUUGAUGUUCCCGACAACGCCGGAAACACACCAUUACAGAUUGCCGCCCUCGAGGGAGAUGUUGAGGUCGUCCAACUUCUCUUGAACGCUGGCUGCGACACCACUUCCAAGAACAUCGACAAAGACACGCCUCUCAUCGACGCGGUUGAGAACGGACAUCUAGAGGUGGUAAGGCUGCUGCUCAAGGCGGGACUGGACCCAAGACAAAAGAAUGCGAAGGGACAAGAGCCUUUGGAAUUGAUCCCCGCCGAGGAUGAGGAAGCGGAGGACAUACGGGAAACCCUAAUGGCAAGCAAGAGGGAGAAAGAACGAUUACGAAGACCCUCAGAGGACCACCACAGGCAUAGUACUGGUUCGAGAGAUGUUGAAAUAUCUUCGACGGGUGCUUCAGGUGCCAGUCCCACGAGGAGCCCACCACCCCCGGCCUUAGGAGUAAGAAGAAGGACGGCAAGGAGCCAACCGACCGACGAUGCACUUUUAUGGGUCAACCCAACCCCAGAGAGACUUCGCGAUGCCGCUGGAAAAGGAGAUCUGACUAUCGUGGAUCACAUUCUCAAGAUGCGUCCCAAGGUCGAUACUGAAGCGGUCCUUGCGGCAGCGCGUGGUGGACACGAUGGGGUACUCAAUUUGAUGAUGGCUAUUGGGAACCUGGAUCCGGACCCUGAACCUUUACGCUCAGGAGAGUAUAAGCCUGCUUAUAGCACUCCAAUGUUGGCGGCGAUUGGCCGGGGCAAUAUCAGCGUGAUACAGUUGCUGUUGAGCCAGCCUGGCUUCGAUCCAACUCGUCGGCGUUUUAAAGAUCUUACGUACUACGAGAUAUCGAAAGAGAGACAGGGCUCAGAAUGGCAAGAAGAAAACGAUAUUCUGAAAGAAGCGUAUGACAACUACAGACCAAAUGGAGGCCGUAGGAGCAACAACAACUCGCCACGCAAGGUCCGCCCGAAGCGAGCCGACUCGAAUAAGCAUUCUUCUGAGCCGUCUUCUUCUCCGCAUGACUCGAGAAAGGUACGAAAGACUAAGCCUUCACCAGACGAUGAUCCAAUGGAAGGGGUCAGAAAGGAUUCUUCACACAAGGGAACAGGAUCAAGACAUCUGGGAGAUGAUCUCAAAAAGCAACAAGACUCAGCCAUCCUGUCGGAUCGAGACUCAGAUGCUUUGGGACUUCCGAAGCCUAAGCACAAAGAGAGGAAAUCAAAUAGUGACAUUGCACGUCCUGCAAUCAAUCGUGCAGACAGUCUAAAACCUAAGCGCAGAUUGAUGUCUGGCAACGACUUCAAGACUGACCAAGAUCUAAAACAGAGGGCGAAUCAAGUUGCCGAAGCAAGGGAUGAUUCAACCAGACGCAAAUCAGGUGACUCCAUCUCAGGGCGACAGAGGAAGUCGAGUGACGCCUCCGAAUCUACCGCGAAGAUCAGCAAGGCAUCGUCCGAAGAGCCGACAAAUGUCAAGAGCGAACUUGGGAAGAAGCGUCAUCGUAUGAGUGUUAGCCCACGAGCCAGCAAGACCGAUCUACCUGGGACGACAGAGGCGGUCAGAAAGAAGAAACGACGAGUUGACUCCCAAGGCAACGCAAUCGACCAAGAUCGUGAUCGCUCAUUUCGACCGGGUCCGGCGAUGGUAGCAAACAUGAUCGUGAGCCCUACAGCCGGCCCAUCUCCUACUGUGUCUCAAGGUACGGCGCCGGUAGCAUUUAUGGGUAGCAAUACUGCUUCGCCUGUGACAAAAUCUCCAACCGAGUCUAGAAUACAUUCCACACUUAUCUCGCCUGUGAACAGUAUAGAUCAAGCGCUUUCACAACAACAACAACCAGAUCUAGACGAUAUGCGAGCACAGAGACAAGUGGAAGAAGAUCUGUUGCGUCAAGAAAGGCUAGACCGUGAGCGUGAGCGCCAAGCUGCACAGGAAGAGAAGGAGCGACUUGAAGAAAUAGAGUCUGAGAAGCGACGGCAGGCUGAAGCAGAGCUCGAACGGAAAGCUCGAGCUGAGGUGGAGGAAGCUGAACGAAAAGCCCGCGUUGCCCGGGAUGAAGAGGACGCCCGCCUCGAGGCUCAACGUCAAGCUGAAGAGGACCAGCGACAACAACAAAUGGAGCGAGAAGAGGAGGAGAACCGUAUCGCCAAGAAGAAGCGGGACGAGGAGAUGCAGCAACGGAAAAUGGAGCAGGACCGAUUACGCAAAGAAAAUGAAGAACGUAAGCGCCGAGAGUUCGAAGAACGUGAGAGCAAACGUCGCAUGCAAGCACAAGAGGAGGCUGAGCGACUUCGUCGACAAUCCCUACCCAAUGGCUUGAGGAGAGCCGCCGAGCUAAGUCUGGAGGAUGCAAGGACUGCGAAGGAGGUUGCCAAAUGGCUACCGUUGCGGACAGUCACGACUCAGGAGCUGAAUCCUGGUUGUGAGCCACAGAUGGCGGAGGAGAGGUGGAUUGCGAAUAUCCAGGCUGCGCCAAUGUUGGCCAUCAAGGAUCUGGAGCUUUCGCAAUACACCGCUUGGACCCGCUUCCCUGCCACCAUGAACCACCAAGGCUCCCUCUGGCGCCAAUUACGCAAUCCUAUGUCCCAAGCUAUCCCUCCCUCUCUUCUCUCCCCUACCGAAGUCUACAACUUUGACGAAGAAACGCGCCCUAAGUUCUUUGACCUGAAACACGUCUUCUGGAUCAAGCUAUCUGAGUUCAUGGAUAUUGUACCGAGACAUCAGCACCUCGCUGGCAUAAAACUGGGUACAAGAGCAAUGGUGUUACAUGAAUUCCCAUUCGGGAGAGGAGCUACAUGGGAUAGACCUGGUGUCAGUGGUGGAGAAGAGGUUGUGAAGCAGGAAGCGGCGGCGAGUCCGAUCAUGAACGGAAAUAUGACGAACGGGCAUCGCUGA